UUCAACUGAAAGUGAUCACUAGAGCCACGUUAGCACACACACACACACACACAAAAAAAACACUUUAGAGCUUGUGUUGUAGCAAAAAGAUGGAGAAGCAUCACCGAGUGCCUAUUGUUGAAGAUACCAACGUCAGAGUGCUCCACGACACAGAGGCAUCACUGGGGCCUGAUGAGAAAGCAGACUACCCCCUGGCCGGGGCCAACUCCAUUUACUCGGCCAUCCUGAGUAGAAACGAGGCCGUGAAGGAUGCUAAGCGUCUCAAGACCUUUCUGGAGCUGCGGGACAAAUACGUGAAGAAGAAGGUGCUGUUUGAAGACCCUCUGUUCCCCGCCUGUGACUCCUCACUCUUCUACAGUCACAAACCUCCCAUGAAGUUUGAGUGGAAACGUCCGUCGGAAAUAUGUGAAAACCCUCAAUUCAUCGUGGAUGCAGCCACCAGGACGGAUAUCUGCCAGGGAGAAUUGGGAGACUGCUGGUUGCUCGCCGCCAUCGCCUGUCUGACUUUGAACGAGAAGCUUCUCUACAGAGUGAUUCCUCCCGAUCAGAGCUUCACAGAAAACUACGCCGGAAUCUUCCAUUUCCAGUUCUGGCGUUAUGGGGAAUGGAUCGAUGUGGUCGUCGACGACCGCAUCCCCACCUGCAACAACCAGCUGGUGUUCACCAAAUCGUUCCGAAAGAACGAGUUCUGGAGUGCGCUUCUGGAAAAAGCUUAUGCCAAGCUGAAUGGCUCUUAUGAGGCCCUGAGAGGAGGAAAUACACUGGAAGCCAUGGAGGACUUCACCGGAGGGGUCACUGAGUUCUUUGAGUUGUGUGAGGCUCCUAAAGAGCUCUACCACAUCAUGAGGAAGGCCCUGCAGAGAGGCUCGCUGAUGGGCUGCUCCAUUGAUGUUACCUCAGCCAGUGAAAUGGAGUCCCGCACUGAACUUGGUCUAAUCCGGGGACAUGCCUACUCCAUCAUAGCCUUGGAGGAGUGCGACGAGGCCGCAAACGACAGCAGGAUCCGCCUGAUCCGCUUACGUAAUCCCUGGGGACGGGUGCUCUGGAAGGGACCCUGGAGCCCAAAAUCGAUUGAAUGGUCCACCAUUUCUGUUGCCGACAAGGACAAUCUUAAGAAACAAACUGUUGAGACAAGUGAAUUCUGGAUGUCCUUUGAAGACUUCAAGAGGAACUUCACCAAGCUGGAGAUCUGUAACCUGACCCCCGACACACUGCAGGGCGAAGAGAGGCACAGCUGGACAGUGUCAGUCAAUGAGGGACGCUGGGUGCGAGGCAGCUCGGCCGGUGGCUGCAGAAACUUCCCAGACACCUUUUGGACAAACCCUCAGUAUCACCUGCAGCUGUAUGAGGACGAAGACCCCGAUGACCCGCAGGACUUCUGCACGGUCGUCGUGGCUCUCAUGCAGAAAGGCCGUCGCAUGCAGAAGCAUGUAGGAGCUAGGUUCCUUACCAUUGGGUUCUCCAUCUACGAGGUGCCAGAAGAGAUGUGCGGCACGAAUAAGCAUCUGCAGAAGGACUUCUUCCUGUUUACCGCCUCCAAGGCUAAAUGCAAGCAUUACAUCAACUUACGGGAGGUGACGGAACGUUUCAGGCUCCCUCCGGGAGAGUACGUGGUCAUCCCCACCACCUUUCAGCCUCAUCAUGAGGGAGAGUUCCUUCUCAGGGUGUUCUCCGAGAACCGGAACACGUCAGAGGAGGCGGAGAGCACCAUCGGGUCGGAUCACCUGCAGCAAGACAAGAAAAGGAAGGACAAGCCUAUUGUGUUUGUGUCGGAUCGAGCGCACGCCAACAAAGAAAUCCAGCAUGACGGCAUUCAGGGUGAAAUAAGGAAGAAACCAAAGAAAAAACUCCUAGAGCCCGAGGAGGAAACUGAAGAAGAAAAACAGUUCUGGGUCAUCUACAAACAAAUCGCUGGUGAGGACAUGCAGAUCUGUGCCAACGAGCUCCAGACCAUCAUGAAGAACGUGCUGUCAAAAUGUGAGUCAAAUACAUAUCAUCCGAUGUCAUGUGACCCCCCCUCACUGGAGCUGUGCUUCUCCCAAUCAGUGGACGAUAAGAAAACUGAAGGUUUCAGCCUGGAGACGUGUCGCAGUAUGAUUGCACUGAUGGAUACAGAUGGAACAGGAAAACUAAAUCUUCAGGAAUUCAAACACCUGUGGAAAAAGAUCAAGCAGUGGCAGGUGAUCUUCAAACAUUACGACAAAGACCAAAGCGAAGCCAUCAGUAGUUUUGAAAUGCGAAAUGCUGUUAAUGAAGCAGGCUUCCACCUGAACAAACAGUUGUAUGACAUUAUCGCCAUGCGCUACGCCAACCAACACCUCAACAUCGACUUUGAUAGUUACAUCUGCUGUUUUGUCAGACUGGAGGGAAUGUUCAGGGCUUUUCAUGCUUUUGACAAGGACGGAGAUGGAUUGAUCAAGCUCAAUGUGCUGGAGUGGCUUCAGCUGACCAUGUAUUCUUAAUCAUCUCCACAUCAAGUCUUAAAAGGAAGUGGAUGUCACGAUUAGGAGCUGUUAUGUUAUUGAUUUAAUUCAGGUGAUAUAUGACAAAAGGAAUUAAAAAUAAAAAAAAU